AUGGUCGACAAUAGGGAAGAUAUAUCGCUAUCAACUGACCUACACUCAAGCCAGUCUGCACACCUAGUUCCAAAAGAAGGAGAUCCAAUUCUAAAAUAUUCCAAGCCCACCCAACUAUGGUAUUCAGUUUCUUCAACAGUUUGCACAACAUUCUUUUUGUCAAUUUUAUUGAUUUUUGCCUUAGUUCAAUAUGUUAUAAACAGUUUGCUCCAUAGAAAGUCAUCUCAAAUAGAACAUGUGUAUCGGUCAAAGCAAGAAUUGAAACUUGUCCCUGAUUUGAAUUAUUACUAUCAAUUUUUUGAUCUUCAAGUGAAUAAAUAUGAAGUUGUUACUAAAGAUGGGUUCGUUUUAAUGAUGCAAAGAAUCAUUCAUCCUUUUGAAUCACUUUCUGAGCGGAAACAGAGGAAACCUAUAUUGUUACUUCAUGGAUUGCUUCAAUCAUCUGGUUCCUUUUGCUCUAGUGGGAAAGAAUCUUUGGCUUAUUAUUUAUUCAAAAAUGGAUAUGAUGUCUGGUUAGGCAACAAUAGGUGUGGAUUUGAGCCUAGACAUUUAUUUUUAGACCCAAAUGAUUACAACAUGUGGAAUUGGGACAUUGUUGAUAUGGCUCAGUAUGACUUAACUGCAAUGAUAGAUCAUGUUCUAAAUAAUUCAGACUCACAGCAGCCUAAGCUGUCACUGAUAUGUCAUUCUCAAGGGACAACACAAGGAUUUAUCACUUUGGAUAGUGAUAGAUUUCAAAUUUCUCAUAAAAUCAAUUGUUUUGUUGCCUUAUCACCUGCUGUUUAUGGUGGAUCACUACUGGAGGAAAAGCUUUUCAUUAAAGUUAUUGCAAAAAUGUCAUUGAAAAAAUUCUUUUUCGGUAUCAAAUCCUUUUUACCUAUCAUGAUGCAUAUGAGAAACCUUUUGAUUCAAACCAAGCUAUUUGGGUUUUUAAGUUAUACAAUGUUUAACUAUCUUUUUGACUGGACUGAUAAAUUAUGGGAUAAUGAUAUAAAGUAUCGUCAUUUCUUGUUUUCACCAGUAUACGUUAGUGUGAAGUUAAUGUCAUGGUGGUUAAAUGACAAAAAUGGAUUCAAAUCAUCAAAAGCCAUCCUUGAGGAUGACAAACGUUGGUUCAAUGAGAACACACCUGCUAUAUUUCUGGUGAUUCCAAGGAAAGAUAAACUUGUUGAUGGUGCAGCUUUGGUUAAACAUAUGGUUGAAGUGGAGGAAACUAAUAAAUUUGACCUCAUAUAUUUAGAUGAGUACUCACAUUUGGAUGUCCUAUGGUCUAAAACUGUUCUAAAUGAUGUCGGAAAACCAAUUGUGGACUUUCUUCAAAAAUUUUCUUAA